GUUUGUUUCUACUAUGUAAUUUUUCUUUUAAAAAAUCUUCUUUUAAAUCUCAUGCAGAUAUUUUUUCUUAGGCCGUAGCCAUGGCAGAAAAACUCGGUGUAUUAUUUUUAUAGAACCUUUUUUUGGCUGCUUUCUUAAUAGCGUCUUUCCUUCUUAUGUUCAUCUCCAAGUACACCUUUCCAUUGCAUUUUAUUAUUAUUAUCAUCGCCCAUAUACACCUCAUUAAUUAUCUUCUUAUUAGCCUGUCGCAUACACACACUCACGCUUACAUUUACGUAUAUACCACCCUAUCACCAUCUGUCUACUCGUUUGCAUCAAUUAUCUAUCGCGCAUAGCUGUCGUAUUAAGCUACAAAAUAUUUUUAUUUAACUACCCACAGCAACAACACUUGAAUAUUUUUAUAUAAACUUGCACAAAUUCGACACGCCCGGCGCUAUCAGUUUUGAAUCCCAUUUGUAAAAAAAAAUAACAUGUCACACUUGCUUAUUCCCGAAUACAAGGUUGUCAUGUUGGGCAGUGGAGGUGUCGGCAAGUCCAUGAUCACGACUCGCUAUAUCAACGGCAACUUUACCGAAGAGUACGACCCAACUAUUGAGGACAGCUACAGAAAAAGAUGCGAGGUUGACGACAACGCCUGCUUUUUGGAGAUCCUGGACACAGCCGGGCAAGAAGAGUAUAUUGCCCUGCGCGACUACCACAUUCGCGGCGGCGACUGCUUUGUCAUAGUUUACAGCAUCACGAAUAAGAGCACUCUGGAAGAGGCCGAGCACAUUGCAGAGAAAAUCUACCAAACCAAACAAACCGACGAAGUACCCAUAGUACUGGUUGGCAACAAAUGCGACCACGAGAGCGAGCGCCAAGUGAGUAUGGAGGACGGCAAGCGGCUGGCAAAAAAAAUCAAGUCUGGAUUUUACGAGGUGAGUGCCAAGACCGGGGUGAAAGUCGAUUCUAUUUUCACCCAGUGCGUGCGGAGAAUCAAGCACCAUAGCAGGAACACCGAGCUUCCAAGCGCCCUUACUACUGCUAGGUCAUCUGUGCACCAUAGCCGCGAGUCCAGCGUGCAGGGCGAUAAACGCAGCAAAAAGGAAAAACCAAAGUCAAGCUCAAAGUCAUGGCUCCCGGGAAGAAAAUCCAUAAGUAAAGAAAAUGCCCCUCUAGCUGUCCCCGCAAGCCCACCGCCCAUGGCCACUCUAAUCCCGGCUCUUCCUCGGAAUGAGAGUAACAUUCCUGAUUACUAUCUGACAACGUUUACAAACUCCCCCGAGCCGCACAUAGUUCCGGCCAACGGCAAGCCUACCUCAAUCCAGCGCCGCAAAUCAGAGGCAGGCAGCCCACUUGGAAACCGCCAAAUCAACAAGGGCUACGCUCGCGAGAAUUCUGGUAGCAGCAGUCCAACAGGCCGCAAUGGAGAGACAAUGAGCGUGCCACCGCCGAAGCGUGUGCACUACAUGGGCGACGAGUCACCUUCAAAGCGCACCCAGGACACGCGCAGUGCGCCGCCCCCGCGGAGGUCUGGCAACAAUGCAAAUUCCGAAAAGAAGCUUCCCGAUAGGUAUGACCAGGAGGAUGGCAAUAUCCCGUCGCUUAAGCGCAGCCUAGGAACCGACACUGAGAGCAAUCUGUCCGGACACCGCAUUAAAAAAAGUUCCAUUCAGGUGGUCCCAUAUGGUACCGCUAUAAAGCCCGAUGUAAACAAGACGUUGCCAGAGCCCAAGCGUCGGAAGAAGCGUAUGUCAUCGUCCUGUCCGAUUUUGUAGUGUGAAAAUCGCGAUGAGGAUGCGAAAUGUAGCACGUUUGCUUUAACUGUCAACUAAAAGGUGUGCCCGGGUGAGAUUAAUUGCACUGUUUGGCUGCCUGGUAAUAGACUUGUUUGUAUAAUAGACUUUUAUUUAUUUUUAUUUAUUGGUUUAUUUUUACUUUCUCACGCAGUCA